GUGAUGAUAGGGGCGGCACAAUCCCCGUACUGUACGUGUGCCUCCACGCGCUGCCGUUCGGGCGCUAGACAUCCGUCAGGAGAUUUGUCAUAUCAGCUGCGGGGCGGCCCUCGUGGCCGGGAUGCCACUGUGUGCCCUGCCAGUCGGCGGUGGAGCCUGAGGGGCAGGAGCUGGGCACCGAGAGCCGGGGGCAGGGCGGCCAGAGCGGGCACAAGCACAAGCCGUGCCCCGACGCAGACAUGAACCUGUGCUGGAACGAGAUCAAGCGCAAGUCCCACAACAUCAGGGCUCGGCUGGAGGCGUUCUCGGACAACAGCGGGAAGCUGCAGCUCUCCCUGCAGGAGAUCAUCGAAUGGCUCACCGCCAAAGACGAGGAGCUGUCCGAGCAGCUGCCCAUAGGGGGCGACGUGGGGGCCGUGCAGCACCAGCGGGAGUUCCACCAGGCGUUUAUGGAGGAUGUGAAGUGCCGAGGGCCAUUCAUCUACUCGGUGCUGGAGUCGGCCCAGGCCUUCCUGGCCCAGCACCCCUUCCAGGAGCCCGAGGAGUCGCUGCCUGACGGCAAAGAGCUGUCUCCGCGCCGGCGCAUGCUGAACGUGAGCCGCACGGUGUGGAAGCAGGCGAACGUGGCGAGCGACCUGUGGGAGAAGCUGACGGCGCGCUGCGUGGACCGCCACCGCCACAUGGAGCGCACGCUGGAGCGGCUGCUGCAGACGCAGGCCGCCAUGGAGGAGCUGGCCGCCGCGCUGGAGCAGGCCGAGGGCGUGCGCGACGCCUGGGAGCCCGUCGGGGACCUCUUCAUCGACUCGCUGCAGGACCACAUCGACGCCACCAAGCUUUUCAAAGAGGAGCUCUCGCAGGUGAAGGAGGGGAUGAAGCAGCUGAACGACCUGGCGCACGAGCUGGCCAUCUCCGACGUGCACCUGUCCAUGGACAACGCCCGCGCCCUCGAGCACCUCAACAACCGCUGGAAGGUCUUGCAGGGCUCCAUUGAGGAGCGUCUGAAGCAGCUCCAGGAUGCUCAUCGAGACUUUGGCCCUGGAUCGCAACACUUCCUCUCCAGCUCGGUGCAGAUUCCCUGGGAGAGGGCCAUAUCCCCCAACAAAGUGCCCUACUACAUCAACCAUCAGGCCCAGACUACCUGCUGGGAUCAUCCAAAGAUGACAGAGCUCUACCAGGCGCUCGCGGACAUGAACAACAUCAAGUUCUCGGCGUACCGGACGGCCAUGAAGCUCAGACGCGUGCAGAAGGCCCUGAGACUGGACCUGCUGACGCUGGCCAGCGUGUCGGAGGUGUUCCGUGAGCAGGAGCUGGUGGCGGGCGAGCGCGUGCUGGACGUGGUGGAGGUGAUCCACGCGCUGACCGCCCUCUACGAGCGCCUGGAGGAGGAGCGCGCCGUGCUCAUCAACAUCCCCCUCUGCGUCGACAUGUGCCUCAACUGGCUGCUCAACGUCUACGACAGCGGUCGCAAUGGAAAGAUGCGGGUGCUCUCCUUCAAGACAGGCCUGGUGAGCUUGUGCAAAGCUGACCUCCAGGAGAAAUACAAAUAUCUUUUCCGGCAGGUGUGUGGUCAGGGUGGCGUGGCGGACCAGCGUCACCUGAGCCUGUUGCUGCACGAGGCCAUCCAGAUCCCACGGCAGCUCGGAGAGGUGGCCGCCUUCGGGGGCAGCAACGUGGAGCCCAGCGUCCGCAGCUGCUUCCGUAUGGCUCCAGGGAAGCCGGCGAUCGAGGCGUCCCACUUCCUGGAGUGGAUGAGCCUGGAGCCCCAGUCUCUGGUGUGGCUGCCCGUCCUGCACCGCGUCGCUGUGGCCGAGUCGGCCAAGCACCAGGCCAAGUGCUACAUCUGCAAACAGUGCCCCAUCAAAGGCUUCAGGUACCGCAGCCUCAAGCAGUUCAACGUGGACAUCUGCCAGACGUGCUUCCUCACCGGGCGCACCACCAAAGGGAAGAAGCUGCACUACCCCAUCAUGGAGUACUACACCCCGACCACCUCGGGCGAGAGGAUGAGGGACUUUGCCAAGACCCUGAAAAACAAGUUCCGCUCGAAGCAGUACUUCAGCAAGCACCCGCAGCGGGGCUACCUGCCCGUGCAGUCCGUCCUGGAGGCCGAGAGCACCGAGACGCCCUGCUCCUCACCCAAACUACCCCAUGCAGACACACACAGCCGGAUUGAGCACUUUGCCAGCAGGUUGGCUGAGAUGGAGAAUCAGAACUGCUCCUUCUUCACUGACAGCCUCUCACCGGAUGAAAGCCUGGAUGAAGAUCAGUACCUCCUGCGUCACUCCAGCCCCGCCCUGGAGCAGGACUCCCCGCUGGGAGCGCACCUGCUGCUGGCCAACAUCGACUGCCAGGACAAGGACGAGCUGCAGCGCACGCUGGCCCGCCUGGAGAACGAGAACCGCAUCCUGCAGGGGGAGUACCGGCGUCUGAAGUGGCGGCACCAGGAGGCGGUGGCGUCGCCGCAGCUGACGGACGGCGACGGGGCGCUGGGCUCGCCGACGGGCCCGCAGGACGAGGAGCUGCUGGCCGAGGCGCGCGUGCUGCGCCAGCACAAGACCCGGCUGGAGACGCGCAUGCAGAUCCUGGAGGACCACAACAAGCAGCUGGAGUCCCAGCUGCACCGGCUCCGAGAGCUACUGCUGCAGCCCAAAGACGACUCGGAGGCCAACGGGUCGGAGCCCUCGUCCCUCUCCUCGCCGGUGUCUGGGGGCGCCCACCAGGGGGAGCUACGGAGCAGAGAGACUACAGACACAGAGGCCGCAGGUGACGAUAUUGACCAAGAGCACGACACCGUUCUCCAGCUCCAGGAGGUGAUCGAGCAGCUGAGGAACGUCUUUCCCUCGGAACCAGGCGGCACCUCACCCAUUUAACGGCAGAGGGAUGGAUGGGUGCCGGAGUCCGGAGGGGUCACCGCGGGGUCACCGGGGGGGCAGACUGAUCGACGCUGGCCUUUUCCUGUCCUUCGCUCACGCCGCUCGGCGACAGAGCCAGCUGAGCGCAACGAUAACCUCCAUCCAUCCUUCCAUCUCCACACACUGCCCUGCUCACGACAGUGCGCUCCCCCUCAGCACCACACACACACACACACACACACACAAACUCCCUCAGUUGUCGCCGGCCGCCCACAUUCCCACAUACACACACACUCCCCUCCCUUAGUCGUCGUCACCCACAUUCCCACACACACACACACACACACACGCUCACACAACUCAACGGUGCCAAAGGCUAACGUUUGUCCAGACACUGUGCUUAACCAGCUGUGUGGAGUGGGCCGGAGCGUGAGAGGCUCUGUAGGUUGAACCGUGACAGCACAACGACCUUCUAGCAAAAACGGACGCGCACAACCACUCUUAACAAAAAGCAAAAGGUCUUCUCCUCUUUUCAUUCUGCUCUCCCCCUCCCUCCCUCCCUCCCACAUCUCUUGCUCAUCAGAG